AACAUAAACACAUACUCGGUCCCGCUCGCGUUUGUUUCAGAUUCACGACCCAUCUCUCCAAAUUGCAUAAUGGCGUUCGCUUACAUUGUGAAGCGGCCUCUGAGAUUCUUGGUUUGUGUCGGAAUUGGUACUUUUCUUGCGUAUCGCUUCCCAGAGGGGCCAAUCCCUUAUCUUGAACCGUUUAUUAAACGAGAAGAACGAAUUUAUUUAUCAAUGGCAGAUUGGGAGUUCGAUAAAAUCAAUGACAUAAUUCGCAAGAAAGGGAAGGCAGCAAAAUCUAUGACUGUGGGGGAGUUAGCUGAGGAGAUUAGGGAUUUUGGAGGAAUAUGGGAGGAAUUGGCCAAAUCUAAAGAGAACCAAGGUGCGAAUCAGAAGAAGAAAGAUUGAUGUGAAAUCUGCAGAGUUAUAUUCCUCACUUCUCACUGGAUUAUUAACUACUAGCUUAUAUUGAAAUAUUUUGUUAAAAUUGUGUUAUGUUUCAUGUAUAGUACUUAUUAUGUGUAGUAUUUUGGGGAUUCAACUUUAAUUAUAUUUUAUGCUAUUAGAGAGGAUAAUCAAUAGUAUGAAA